CUUUUCGUUUGAAGAAAUGUCGUUGUUCGGUGCUGUCAGUCAACCCUCCACAGGUGUGGGGUUUUCUUUUGGAACUCCUUCUAGCACAGCUAUAGGGUUUAGUACCUUUGGAUCGAGUCAACAGGGAAAUACGGCAAAUAAGCCAUUAUUUGGCACAACGAACUUUGGUACCAAUACUGCUGCCAGCUUUGGUGCAGUACCUACAACGACAGGUUCAGUGUUUAGUUUCGGUGCAAAGACUACCGCCUCUUCUACUAUAGGUUUUGGAUCAGCAGUCACUUCAUCUGCUCCAUCUUUAGGAGGGACUCUUACAACUGGUUUUGGAACAACACAAGGACUUGGCUCUACAGCCUUUGGUCAACCUGCAACAGGGUUAUUUUCACAGCAGAGUAACCAGCCAGUACCUAACCAACAAGUGGCACCCUUAGCCCAGCUGGCUGUUGCUUUAUCUCAGCCUCAGAUAUAUGGUGACGAAAGAGAUGGCAUUAUUGCCAAGUUGAACCAGUUACAAGCAUAUUGGGGAACUGGAAAGGGGUUUUACAACCAACAAAGUGCAGUUGACUUCACACCACAAAAUCCAUUUUGUCACUUUAAGGUUGUAGGCUACAGUCGUCUCCCUAUGGCCUGUAAUGAGGAUGGCCAUUUAUCUCUUGAAAUAAAGAAGAAAGAAAGUGAUGUUCGUGCUAUACAGCAAGGGAUUGUAGAUGGACUUCACAAGUGUCUUGGAAGUAAACCUACCAUUAUGGUUUGUAUUGAUGGCAUAAAACCUCUGCCAGAUGACAGGUCUGAAGUGGUGAUGUAUGUUGUCGAGAGACAUCCAAAUGGUUCCUCUAGAACUAUACCAGCCACAGAUGUCUUUUCACAUCUCAAUCAGGCCACCAUUAAGGCUCAGCUGAAUAGCCUUGGAGUUGUCAAUGUGUUAUUGAAAACAAGCCUGUCCCCAUCUCAACUGCAACAAUACCUGGACAACCCUCCUGUUGGAAUAGACUCCUUGCUGUGGGAGCAAGCGAAAAAGGACAAUCCAGAUCCUGAAAGGUUGAUUCCGAUGGCAAUCACAGGAUUUAGUGAACUGAAAAAACGCCAAAAGCUUCAAGAACAGGAAACGUUACAGCAUCACAAGCGUCUCUCUCUUAUACGCGAAGAGAUUGCAGAGUUACAACAUAAUCACGGCACAACCAUGGCUAAACUGGCACAAUUUAAAAGAAAACAUCUAGAAUUAAGUCACCGCAUACUGGAGGUUAUGAUAAAACAGGAAUGUCUUCGGAAGAGUGGCUACUCAGUACAGGCAGACGAGGAACAGCUCAGAGUACAACUUGAAUACCUGCAGGCGGAGUUGAAUGCACCUUCUCAAUUCAAGGCUCGUUUAAAUGAGAUGAUGUCACAGAUCCGCUUACGGCAGAGCCAAGUUGGAGAAAGACUGGCGCGAGCGGACGGCAGAUAUGUUGUGGAAGGCGCUGUUCAGGACCAACUUAAACAACAUCUUGAGCGUCAACAGUUAGGCCUGAUGCACCUUAUAACCAUCAUAAAAGAUGAUCUUCAGGACUUGGCCACCACUGAACGAGGACUCAGCGAGCUCCCUUCAACAAGGACAUGAUCAACACUUACCUAAGUUAACUAAAACAUAACUUUUUGACCUUCGGGACUCGUAUGCCCGCAACCUUCCUUCAACAAGGACAUAAUAAUUAGUGUUAACUGCUCUUGUUUACGAGUGCACUAUCACAGAGAAUUUCACAUUCCCAUACAUGUCUUGUCUUCUUUGACGUUAGUCACUACAGUUAUUUGUACUGUUAGGCUAUACGCGUCGUUAUGUUAAUAGUGUGGCUAAAUGCAAUUAGCAGGUAUAUUGUAUUAAGCUACCAAUAUCUCUAAUUCCUUAGGCUUUACCAAUUGUCAGUGAGUUUAUGCUCAUAUUGUGACAUCUUUUAUAGUACAAAAACCUUACUUCUAAGACUUUAAGUUUCGUGCCCGUAUCUUCCAAGUUAAUCUGGUGUUGCCGAUACCAUUAAGUAGUGCCCCCAGGCUUGAAUGCUCACAAGUGUUCUCGUAUUUGACAGUAGAGUGUUGAGGAAAAUGCUUCUCUUACAAUCACGCUUCUCACUUUUCUUCAAUUUUCUUGAGACAGUAGUAGCGUAACUUUGUUGCUGCAGGCGCCUGUCGUCUAGUCUGUUCUUGACCCUUUUGACAUCGUCCAAAUAAAGCGAUCAACUGCGUGAAUAUGUUUGCUACCAAGAGUAACUUCAAGGUCCACUGGCACCACAAGGCACUAACCUCAAGUACUGGUUUUUAUUUUCAUUAGUGCUUUUGAGUUACUAUGGCGCAUAUCUUGUUGAUAAAUACUCACUUCUCUGUCAAUCCAGGGGAAAUUGUUCUAUUUAAACAAAGUUAUUUUAACGUAACUUUUCAAAAUGCUAAAGUUCUUCCUUCAAUAGUCUGAGUUUGAAAUUCAUCUUAUCUUUAGUUUGGAUAUUCCUUACAGAUUGGAUAAAUUACAACUCAACUAGUCGCUCUUUUGCGAUUGCAGUGACUUGAAUCCAUUCUUCCUUUGAUUCAAAUUUUUCUUCUGAAGUGAAAGAUAAGUAUGCAUGCCAAUUUUUAUAUCAAGGUCCCCCAAACAACAUUUGGGUUUAAGUUGUUGAAUAUAAAAUCAGCACUAAUGAGAAGAGCACAUCUUUCUUUGGAAACAAUUGAGUUAGCUGGGCUAUGCGUGCAGCCAUGCAUGGUUAGUGCAAGAAGAAAAGGCUUUUGUGUUGUCGAUUGACAAUGCUCAAGGCAAGGCCAUCUAUUUUUACUAACACACAACAGCUACUAUUUGUUUAAUAAUUCUUAUAGUAAACUGAAGAGAAAAUACCAUAUACUGGAAUUAUUUCGAGAAUGAAAGUUCAAUAAACAGUGACAAGUAUGUUUA